AACAUAUCCCACAAACUUCUUUUCCAACCGCAAUAAUGGCGGACACGCAGAAGAAAUCCGCUGCUCCAGCGAAGAAGCUACCGGCUGUACCUGAGUCGGUACUGAAAAGAAGGAAGCGCCGUGAUACUGCCAAGGCUGCUCGCCUUCAGGUUUCCAUCAAGCGUCGUGUGGAACACUACAAAAAAAGGAAAGAGAUAUUCAAGAGGGCUGAACAAUAUGUCAAGGAAUACAGAGGGAAGGAACGAGAUGAAAUUAGGCUCAUGAGACAAGCGAAGAACCGUGGUAACUACUACAUCCCUGGUGAAGCUCGACUUGCUUUUGUUAUUCGAAUUCGUGGUGUAAACCAAGUGGCACCAAAAGUACGAAAAGUUCUGCAACUAUUUCGCUUGAAACAGAUCAACAAUGGUGUGUUUGUCAAGCUGAAUAAGGCCACGAUAAACAUGCUCCGUAUUGUCGAACCAUACAUCACUUGGGGAUACCCCAACUUGAAAUCAGUUCGCGAAUUGAUCUACAAACGAGGAUUUGCCAAGAUUAAGAAGCAACGCAUUCCCAUUACCAGUAACUCCAUCAUCGAAAAUUCACUCAGUCGUUCUGGCAUCAUCUGUACUGAAGAUUUGAUUCACGAAAUCUUUACCGUUGGUAACAAGUUUAAAUACGCCAGCAAUUUCUUGUGGCCAUUCAAGCUAAACACCCCAACUGGUGGAUGGCGCAAGAAGACUAACCAUUACGUUGAGGGAGGUGACUUUGGUAACCGUGAGGACAAAAUCAACGAGUUACUCAGGAGAAUGGUUUAGAUUUAUAUGGAAAUUGUCAAAUAAAGGCACACGUCUAAAAAACUA